AUGGCUCCGUAUUUUGAGACUGCCAAGUCCUUUGCCGAUGUACCAAUCACCGACGGUGGGGUGGACACCGCCACCUUCCUUCUCGCCUCAACGGACUUUGUGAACAUGUUUGACCUGCUGGGAGGCGGCGUCUUCGCAUUCGUGCAGAACGACCUCCGCUCCAAUCUCGCCGGCGUCCGCCGGCGGUUUGGCGACAGCGAGGGCGAGUCGUUCACCCUGGAGAAGCUGGCGGUGCACGAGCGAGAGACGAAGGGGGCGAACGACCGCCACGGGACGGCGUGUCUCGUGCGCCUGCUGCGCGGGCUGUGGUUCACGUGCGAAGCGCUCCGUAACAUGCAGGCGGACAGGAACGCAGAGCUGCACCUCUGCUUCAGGCGGGCGUUCGACCUCGUCCUCAAGCCCCACGUCCCGUACCUCCUCCGCCCGGUGAUCACCAUCGCAAUCCGAGCGGUGCCGCACCGGCACGACUUCUACAGCAAGAUCGGGCAGGGGGCGUCGGACGAGAAGCUGGACGGAGAGCUGACGCGGUGGCUGGACGGGCUGGACACGAUCCUGGACCGGAUGCGCGCCUUCCUGGGCGAUGGCGGGUACGGCAGGAUGUGA